CAGCCUACACCAGACCAGACCAUACACACACACAGCGAACACCCCUCCCUCAACAUGGCACGCAACCGCUCUCCGUCCUCCUCCGACGAGGACAACACCGAGUCCGGAUAUGCCAGCGGCAGCUCGACGGCCUCCCUCUCCAACGAGGUGUACUUCUCCCGAGCACACCUCAAGUUCAUCAACCGACAAUUGUCCCUUCUCGAGCCACAAGAAGUCCUCAAGUGGUGCAUGACAUCUCUUCCUCGUCUCUACCAGACCUCCGCCUUUGGCCUCACAGGUCUCGCCAUCAUGGACAUGAUCUCCAAACUCGACUACGCCAUCGCUCCGCCGAUUGAGAUGAUCUUCCUCGACACCUUGUACCACUUCUCUCAAACUCUUGAACUCGUCGACCGGGUCAAGUCAAAGUACCCCAACCUCACCAUCCACACAUACAAGCCCGAGGGUUGCGACACCACCGAGGAUUUCGAGGCGAAACACGGCCAGAAGUUGUGGGAGACGAACGAGGAAUUGUACGACUACGUCGCCAAGGUCGAGCCCGCACAACGCGCGUACCGUGACUUGAACGUGCAAGCCGUGUUGACCGGUCGACGACGGACGCAAGGCGGCAAGCGUGGAGACUUGGAUAUCAUCGAGGUCGAUGACGCGGGCUUGUUGAAGGUGAACCCGCUGGCCAAUUGGAACUUCAAGGAUGUCCAGGCGUAUAUCAAGGAGAACAACGUCCCGACCAAUGAUCUGCUCGACCAAGGAUAUCGAUCUGUCGGUGACUGGCACUCGACACAGCCCGUGGCGGAGGGUGAGGAUGAGCGCGCCGGUCGGUGGAAGGGUCGUGCGAAGACCGAGUGCGGUAUUCACAACAAGCGAAGUCGGUAUGCUGUCUUCUUGCAGGAGCAAGAGGAGAAGCGGCAGCAAGAAUUGAGCGAUGCCAUCAACGCCGGUCUGCAGAUUGAGACGUCCUCGUAG